AUGUUCAUUCCGUCACUGAACGUUGCGGAUCCAUCACAGGCCGCACUCAAGACAGCUGUGGGAUAUCUGGGAUCUGCUCUUAUUGAAGAAGCCAACGUCGAUGCUAUCAAGGCCUUGAUUCAAGAAACAGGCUCGACCUUUUACUGGGCUCAAGCCGACAAUGUCGACCAAGCUGUCCAACUGUGGGACGCUGGCGUUUACAAAGUUGUCUUUUCCGUUGACACCCUCGCCACUGCCGCUGACGAAUUGAACGGUGUUUCCGAAGAACGCAUUGCUGUCCAAGGCUCGCUUGUCAGCUUAAGCCAACUCACACAACGGCCCUCAACUUACAUUGUCGAGACAUCAAUCGGUGACGCUCUCAACACCGAAGCAUUGCACCAAUUCGCCGACUCGGUUCGCGGCCAGUUGCUUCCUCAGGGCGCUGAACGUCGUGUUGUUGUCAAUGCCGGCAGUGACAACUUGGUCACUUUGGACGCCAUUGCCAAGUUGGAUGCUGUGAAGUUGGAUGUGCUUGUUUCGGCAGCUCACUUGACGGUCCAAGAGGAGGAGCAAGGCAAGAUCAACAUUGGUCAAGCGUUCUUGGCUACGGCAACGACGGACCGUGCCGACGGAUUGUUUACGACCAUGGUAGUAGAUGAACGUAACACGGCUCUGGGUCUGGUUUAUUCUAGCGUAAAGAGCGUUGCGGAAUCUAUCAAGACAGGUCAGGGCGUCUAUCAGAGCCGUAAUCGUGGAUUAUGGUACAAGGGCGCUACGUCGGGUGCUACCCAAUCGCUCGUCCGUAUCGACUGUGAUUGCGAUGGCGAUGCUUUGCGUUUUGUUGUCAAGCAACACGGUGCUGGCUUCUGCCAUCUCAACACUCGUACAUGCUUCGGUGCCGAUACUGGUUUGAGUGCCUUACAAGCUACUUUGCAAAGCAGAAAGGAAAGCGCACCCGCUGGCUCAUACACUGCACGUUUGUUCAACGACUCUAAGCUUUUGCGCGCCAAGAUCAUGGAGGAAGCCGAGGAAUUGUGCGAUGCUACUGCCAAGGACGAAGUUGCCUGGGAAGCUGCUGAUUUGAUUUACUUUGCAUUGACAAAAUGUGUCAGCGCUGGUGUUUCGCUGGAGGAUGUGGAAAAGAAUCUGGACAAGAAGGCACGCAAGGUGACUCGCCGUCCUGGCAACGCCAAGCCCAAGUGGUCUGCACCUGCUGCUGCUUCUGCUGCUGCUGCUGCUGCUGAAGAGCCCAAGAAGGAGGAAGAAAAUGGCCGUAUUGCCAUGGAGACUUACGACUUGUGUGAUAUUUCGACUGAAAAGCGCUCUGAGCUCUUGCUUCGACCCAUUAUCGAUUCGACUGAGAUCAUUGGCCGUGUCACGCCUAUCAUGAAGGAUGUACGCAAGCGCGGUGAUGCUGCUUUGGUCGACCUCACUGCCAAAUUCGACCGUGUCCAGCUCGAGCGUCCUACGCUCAAGGCACCCUUCGACGAAAAACUCAUGCAGUUGGAUCCCGAGACCAAGGCCGCUAUUGACCAAGCCUAUGACAAUAUUUUCAAGUUUCACGACGCACAGAUGGAUCGCGACACUUUGACGGUUGAAACCAUGCCUGGCGUUGUCUGCACUCGCUUCGCUCGACCCAUCGAACGGGUUGGUCUGUAUGUGCCCGGCGGUACUGCUGUCCUUCCAUCUACCACCCUCAUGUUGGGUAUCCCUGCCAAGGUCGCCGGCUGUUCUGAAAUUGUGAUUGCAACUCCACCUCGUCCCGAUGGCUCGGUUGUUCCCGAAGUCUUGUAUGUUGCUCACAAGGUCGGUGCUUCGCAUGUCCUGUUGGCUGGUGGUGCACAGGCCGUCGCUGCCAUGGCCUAUGGUACCCAGACUGUGCCCAAGGUUGACAAGAUCUGCGGCCCUGGUAAUCAGUAUGUCACUGCUGCCAAGAUGGUUGCACAGAACGAUACUUCUUGCUUGGUAUCGAUUGAUAUGCCUGCUGGUCCGUCCGAAGUCUUGGUCAUCGCUGACAAGACCAGCAAUCCUGCCUAUACUGCUUCCGACUUGUUGUCCCAGGCUGAACACGGUGUUGAUUCCCAAGUCGUCCUCGUCGCUGUUGACCUGACUGAUGCUGAACUUGCUGCUAUUGAAGAUCAAAUCCAUAUCCAAGCCAGCCGUCUGCCUCGUGUUGAUAUAGUCCGUCAGAGUAUUCCCAAAUCGUACACACUCAAAGUCAAAACCUUGGAUGAGGCUGUCGCAUUCUCGAACGACUAUGCUCCUGAACAUUUGAUUUUGCACAACGAUAACCCCGAAGACUUGUUGCCUAAGAUUAUGCACGCUGGUAGUGUGUUUGUUGGUCCUUAUUCGCCUGAAAGCUGUGGUGAUUAUGCCUCUGGUACCAACCACACUCUUCCUACCUACGGUUAUUCCCGCAUGUACUCUGGCGUCAACACUCUUACGUUCGUCAAGCACAUCACCUCGCAGCAACUUACUGCUGAUGGCUUGAACCGCUUGGGCGAUACUGUGAUGCGGCUAGCUGAAAUCGAAGGUUUGGAAGCUCACAGAAAUGCUGUCGCUAUCCGUAUCGCUGACUUGAGAAAGUAA